AUGGACGCUUUACUUAUUCCGUUAAUUCUAGACGAAGUUUUAGAACAAGUCGCUGUAUCUUGUUCUCUAAAAUCACAUUUCGAAGGCAAAUUCUCUACUCGAGAUCUUUUCAAUUGUAUUCUAGUCAAUCGUACUUGGUGUCGAGUAGGGAUUCCUAAAUUAUGGAGAUCCCCAUUCAGCACCAAUUAUUCAAGCCAAUUUCUUCCAAGAAAUUCUAAAUCGCAAAACAUUCUAUACACGUUAUUUCGAUCUUUGAAAGCAGACGAUAUAAAACCACUUCAUCAAGUUGGCGUGACGAUCGAGACUCCGAUUUCCCGUCCAUUAUUUCCAUAUGCGAGAUUCUUAACUGGGCUUUAUUAUCAAGGAUUACUCGAGACGGUUGAGAAGUUGCGAUCUGGAUUGGAACAUUAUAGAUCCUAUACCCAUAGGAAAUUGAAAAGAUAUAAAAUUUAUCCGGAAGAAAAGAAAGUUAAAUUAAUGCCCGAAGAAUUUGAUAAAUUGGUGUUGAUGAUGCUGCUACGACAUUUUGCGUUGAAUUCUAUGGAAUUUUCCGCGAUAUUCAUUUCUGAUCACGCUUUUUACGGCGAUAGACGACUUGAUUUACUUUACGAGGAUGAAUUUAAGGAUUGGUUUGCAAAGACGAAAACAUUCAUCUUCAAAGGAUAUCUUCCUCAAUAUGUGAAAUUUUUUAAAAAUAUUUCUGGCAUUUUUAAUUCCUUGGAACGAAUUGGUCUUUUUAAUCAUCGCAGAACCCAUAUGUUUCGUGAGGAAGAAAUACGAGCAUGUGGACUAUCAAUCGCACGAUUUAUCCUUGCGCAAAAGAAUCUCUCUACUCUAAAGAUCAGCGAACGCCCUGGAUACACGAAAUACCUCAUUCCUUUUUUAACAUCACAGGCGGAUUCGUUACAAGAAAUCGAAAUCUCGUUUUCAAAUUUUGCGGAUAGUUUCCCUUGGGAUGGAUUAGCGACCUGCAAGAAAUUGCGAGAACUUCGUUUUGUUAAAUGUCAAAAUGUUAGUACAGAGAUUUUGAAACCUAUGUACGCGGUUGAUUUUCCCUUCCUACAAAAAGUCAAAAUUCUUCGCGAAGAGAAAAAGUCAAAACAGACUGAUCAAGAGCUGGUUAAGCUGUGCACAAAGCUUAAAGGUGACAUUAAAAAGUAG